AUGUAUAAGGUUGUUCCGUCUCAAAUAAAAAAUAAAAUCAAAAGAGAAGAAAUCCAUGCAAAACAAAAACAGCUAAAAAGUCGAAAAAAAAUUGAGGAGAGAUUAAGAAGACAAAAAGAAGAAGCCGAAGAUCCCGAAAAGAAAAAGGAACGCUUAGCAAAAAAUAUUCCACGGACACUUGAAAAUGUACGAGAAUUUGAUGAAACAAUAGUAGAUGCGGAAGAUUUAGAAGUUCUUGAAGAUGAAGCCUCUGAUGAAUUUUCUAAAUAUUUUCAAGAAGGGGUAUCACCUAAAAUGCUUAUUACCACCAAUAAAAGACCAUCCAAAGUAGGAUAUGAUUUCGCAUCAGAAUUAAUCGAUGUAUUUCCUAAUAGUAAUUUUGUAAGGAGAAAGAAUCAAGUAUCAAUUAAGCAAAUUAUAGAAUUUUGUAACAAUCGAAAUUAUACCGAUAUUCUUGUCGUUAAUGAAGAAAAGAAAGGACAUGGAAGAUCAUCAUGUCAUAAACCAGAAUUAAUUCUCAAUAAUUUCAAUACACGCCUUGGUCAUACAAUUGGUCGAUGGUUUCAAGCUUUAUUUCCCCACGUUCCUGAAUUUAAAGGGCGUCAAGCGUCAUAG